AUGGCCGAAGAUAGUGCUGUACACGGAGAGCCUCACACAAAUGGGGUGAAUGGCAUAGCCAACGACGAGGGCGUUAUUAAUACGGACGGUGUCAUUGUAGUCGGCGCCGGUCCAGUCGGGCUCCUCGUCGCCCUGCGGUUGGCCACAGCGGGCAUUCCUACCACCGUCCUCGAAAUGCUACCCUACGUCGAGCAGUCCCCACGAGCCGCCGUCUACCACACCGUCGCUGUCCGGGAGCUCGACCGUGCAGGGGUCCUCGAAGACUGCCUUAAAAGAGGGAGCACAGGGUCAGAUGUGCGUUGGAUGAAAGUGAAUGGAGAGACCAUUGCAGAAGUCGACCGCAGACCGUUGCCCGGGGAGUAUUCGGUACUGGUACUUGGACAGCACGAGCUUGCCGAAGUCAUCUUCACGCACUACAAGCGCUGCUCAGGCAGCAAGGUCUUGUUCAACCACAAAGUCACCGGAGUCCAGCAAUCUGGGGACGCGAACGGCGCAGACCUCACGGUGGAGACCCCCGAGGGUAUCAAACGCUUUCACUCACGAUACGUGAUCGGGGCGGAUGGAGGCCGCAGCAGUGUCCGGCGGCUCUGCGACAUCCCCUUUGAAGGUUUCACAUGGGAUUUUAACCUCGUGGCGUGCAACGUCAUCUAUCCCUUCGAGAAGUACGGCUUCCGUGGAGGCAACUUCAUCGUCGACCGCGAGCACUGGGCCCUGAUUGCCAAGCUGGCCGAGCCGGGCCUCUGGCGAUGUUCCUACGGCGAGCUACCAGGGUUGACGCACGACCAACUGCUCGAGAGACUGCCCUGGAAAUUUGAAUGCAUGUUCCCGGGCCCCAAGCCGCUAAACUAUGAACUGAAGAUGGCGUCCCCAUACAAAAUCAACCAGCGAUGUGCAACCACAUUCCGCAAAGGCGCGGUCCUGCUGGCGGGAGACGCUGCCCAUCUGUGCAAUCCUUUUGGCGGCAUGGGACUCACGGGUGGUAUUCUCGAUGCGGGAGCGCUGGGUGACGUCCUGGUGGCGGUGAUAAAGGAACGCAAAUCCGAAGCACUCUUGGACCGUUAUUCGGACCUGCGAAGGAAGGUGUUCCUCGAGGUAGUCGACCCCAGGUCACAGGCCAACGUGCGGCGGCUAUCAGAGACAGACCCGGACACCGUCGGCCAGACAGACCCGUUCUUGAAGAUGCUGAACGACCCAGCAAUUGACAAGACCAACCUGCGAGGACUAGAUGACCUGUACGUUGACGUUAUGGCUGGGAUCGAAUGA